UAGUUAGUAAUGCUUCUUCUUCGGUUUACAGUGCAAUUCCAUGAAACAGCAGAUACCCAAACUAGUGGCGAAUGGGUUAUACAAAGAAGCACUCUCUUUAUACACCCACCACCACUCUGCGGCACUUCCUCCUCACAAGUUCACCUUUCCACCUCUUCUCAAAGCUUGCGCCAAGCUCCAAUCGCCAAUCCAUGGCCAAAUGCUGCAUUGCAAUCUCAUUAAAGCUGGCUUUCUCUUUGACGUUUACACCGCCACGGCUCUGACGGAUAUGUACAUGAAGUUGCAUCGCAUUGAUGAAGCCCUAAAGGUGUUCGUCGAAAUGCCUGAACGAAACAUGGCAUCUAUCAAUGCGAUGAUUUCUGGGUUUUUGCGAAAUGGCCAUUGCAGUGAGGCUUUAAGGGUGUUUAACGAGAUGGGGUCUGGAUCUUUCAGGCCGAAUUCAGUGACUUUGGCUAUUUUGUUGUCCUCUUGUGAAAAUGUGGAACAGGGUAGGCAAAUGCACUGCUGGGCUAUAAAGUUGGGGGUUAAAAUGGAUACUUAUGUGGCAACCUCCCUGGUAACUAUGUAUUCAAGUUAUGAAGAGUUGGUCUUUGCUACAAAAGUGUUUGGAGAGAUGCCUGAUAAACGUGUUGUGAGCUAUAAUGCUUUUGUUUCAGGGCUACUGAAAAAUGGUGUUCCACGUCUGGUAUUGGAUGUGUUCAAGGACAUGAUGAAAUCCUCAUUUGAGGAACCCAAUUCAGUUACUUUAAUUUCUGUUAUCUCUGCAUGUACAAGUCUUUUGUAUCUUCAGUUUGGCAGGCAGGUUCAUGGGUUUGUAAAAAAAACUGAGAUGCAAUAUGAUACCAAGGUCGGAACUGGACUUGUAGAUAUGUAUUCGAAAUGUGGUUGUUGGCAUUGGGCCUAUGACAUAUUCAAGGAAUUGAAUUGUAGCAGGAAUUUGAUCACAUGGAAUUCAUUGAUUUCAGGAAUGAUGCUAAAUGGUCAGAGUGAGACAGCUGUUAGGUUGUUUGAACUUUUAGGAUCUGAAGGACUUGAACCUGAUUCAACAACAUGGAAUUCAAUAAUUAGUGGGUUUUCACAUUUAGGGUUGGCAGUGGAUGCUCUCAAGUGGUUUGAGAGAAUGCAGUCUAUGGGCAGAAAACCAACUUUGAAAUGCAUCACUAGUCUUUUGCCAGCAUGUUCAGUUUUGUCUGCUUUAAAGCAGGGAAAAGAGAUUCAUGGGCAUGCUAUUAGGAUUGGGAUUAGUAAUGAUGAAUUUAUUGCUACUGCAUUGAUUGACACGUAUAUGAAAUGCGGAUAUUUCUCUUCUGCACGGAGAAUUUUCGAUCAGUUUGAGAUAAAGCCCGAGGAUCCAGCAUUUUGGAAUGCAAUGAUAUCUGGGUAUGGAAAAAAUGGAGAGUAUGAAUCUGCAUUUGAAAUUUUCAAUCUGAUGCAGGAUGAGAAGGUAAAUCCAAGUUCAGCAACAUUCACUAGUGUUCUAUCUAUGUGCAGUCAUACUGGUCAAGUGGACAGGGGAUGGCAAGUUUUCCAAAUGAUUGGUAAAGAUCACAACUCUAGCCCCACUCCUGAGCAAUUUGGUUGCAUGAUUGAUCUUUUGAGCAGAUCUGGCAGGCUAUAUGAAGCUAGAGAAUUGAUACAAGAAAUGCCAGAUCCUCCAAAUUCUGUGUUUUCUUCUCUCCUUGGUGCUUGUAGGUCUGACUUGAAUUCUGAGCUAGGGGAAGAAAUGGCUGUGAAGCUUUCAGAGUUAGAGCCAGAGAAUCCAAGUCCGUUGGUGAUUCUUUCCAACAUAUAUGCUGGGCUAGAAAGAUGGAGAGAUGUCGAAAGAAUCAGACAAAUGAUAAGUGACAGAGGAUUGAAAAAACUCCCUGGAUUAAGUUCUGCUCGAAAUAGAUGAAAGGGACCUGCUUUUGAUAAAUAGAAAUUAUAAUU